AUGGCAUCAGAAGCAGAGAAAACUUUUCACCACUUCGCUGCCUAUGGAGAGUCUUCCUCCAGUGGCAAUGAAAUCCACAACAAGAACUUUUCCAAGAUGUGUAAGGAUUGUGGCAUCAUGGAUGGCAAGAUAAUCACCUCCACUGAUGUGGAUAUUGUAUUCAGCAAAGUGAAGAAAAAGAAUGCCCGAACCAUCAGUUGGUCUGAAUGCCAGAUAGCCCUGAAGGAGAUGGGCCAAAAGAGAUUCAAGGACAAAAGCCCAGAUGACGCAUUGCAGUCUAUGUUGGCCCUCAUGGCCAACAAAGUUCCAGCUUCUACAGGAGUGACCAAGACAGUGGCAGUGGGCGGUGUGGACCGUUUGACAGACCCCAGCAAGUUUACAGGUUCCCACAAGGAGCGUUUUGAUGACAGUGGCAAAGGGAAGGGCAAAGCAGGGCGGGAGGAAACAACCGAAAACACUGGCUACGUGGGUGGUUACAAAGGUGCUGGCACCUAUGACCACAAGAAAAAAUAG